AUGUCAAGCACCAAUUUUCGCCUGGAAUCGUUUCGUCCAUGGAAUCCUUUCCAAGACAGAGCUCAGCCAUUGCGCGAUCCACGCGGUACUCGUCGCUACCCAAGUCCGGUUUCGAUCACUACCACCCCGCCAAGCUCCAAUAAUAGCGUGCAUGGCCCAAAGAGCCAAAAGAUUCAUUCCCACAAACCUGAGCGACACCCCCUUCCUGCCCGCCCGCCGACGGAGGUCUGCUUAGAUGGGUUGCAUUCGGAGACUCAAACCACUCGACGAGAGUCGGAGGGCCUGGGUCAGACACUUUCCGCUGUGAGUGACCCAGAGCCUCUCAAUUUCAAGAAUAUUCCACAGCCACAAAACAUAGUUGGUGCCGAUGAAGCCGUUUCUACAGGUUUUGCCGAUGAAUUGCACUGGGAAACAGAGCAUCAUUUCCUCGACUUCGGAUUGGAUGACUCGCGUCCUGUCGAUUUUGCCGGCCGGCGUUCCCAAAUUGUUGAUCUUGGAAUCCCUACUCAAAAUGGAGAGCUUCCAAAUUUUGAAACUAUCGAUCCUGCAAUCCUGAAUGACCAUGCAUCUGCGGUCGCCGAACAGGCUCAGAGAACUAUGAGUAUCGCCGGCAUCGCAACGCAUCCGGAAGAAUUCCCCGCGGAGUCCAUUCGCUCUCAGAACAAAGUCUCGUCCCUCCAACACAGACGGAAUUCAAAGGGAAUGGUGGAUACUGACUGCCAAACCUCAAAAGUAAAAAAAGGGUCGGGUUCGAGACAAAGGCAUACAAGAAAUGGUUCUGCUCGACCCAAGAAAGGUUCCGGUCAUUGUCAGAGCAUUUCUUUCCCUACAGUUCGUGCCCAUUUUUCGGCCCUUUCAGUCGAAGACCGACUACAGUUCCUGUCCUGGCUUUUUGAGGGUGCGUUGACUCGUUGCUCUUCCGCGCCCUCCAGCGCUGCUGGUGCUUCUCCAUCAAGCCAAUGUGACGAAAUAACCGACGACUGUGAUCACAUGAGCUUGAACACUCAGGUGGUUGACGCGGAUCAUACCUCUUUGAGGAAGGGACUACCGUGGUCUGUGGAAGAAGAUCACCUUUUGAUAAAGCUAAGAGACAAGCAAAACCUCGCUUGGCCGGAGGUGGUCAAGCAAUUUUCACGAGAAUUCCCCGGGCGGAGCGAGGGAUCAAUGAAAGUUCACUGGAGCACAGCGCUGAAGGAAAAAAGGCGAUCUUACCCCCUUGUUCUUAUUCCUUGA